GAGAGCGUGGCGGGGUGUUUGUUUAUCUAAAUACUGGCUUAGGCUAUAGCUAACCAAUCGGGAUAGCGCCGAUCGUAAUGUACUGUAACGGUUUGGAUACAAAUGCAAGAACAAACAAUAGGCUACAUAAAUGAUGCAGUAGACAUAAGACAUAUUGAAGAUGGGUCAGUGAUUUAAACCCGCUCAUUCCCUCUGCAGUUUUGGAUAGGUUUAUUUUACGCUCAAGUUUACGCUCAUAAAAUAGGCAGUGCGUUUUCGAUCGGUGGAUGUGUCAGUAAGCGUCUUUGACGGGAGAAUUGGCGCAUCCCACGGAGCAGCCACCAGGACAAUCGGGUUAUGAACGAUUCGGCCUUUUCGUGCAAAAUACCCUAUGUUUUCCCGUGGAGUGAUGCAAUCACCGUCGGUUGCAUGCAGGACAGCGAUGGGGCAUUGGUAGAUCAUACAGUUGUAUUAUUAUAAACGGGGACGCUCCUCCCGAAGCCAUAUUUGUUUUGUAUGCCAAACUGAGGCAGGGGGUGGAGAGGCGCUACAGAAACAUUGGGCUUUGGCCAAACAUCACCCUGUGUUAGUCCAUAAUUUACGUUUAGUCGUGGGUUUGCGUUCCUUUUCGUGCAAAAUUACCGAAUUGAGCGAAUUUUGCCAGAGAAAUGCAGCUUGCUUGAGGACACCCCCGAUAUCGGUUGGCUGCUGCAACCAUGAUUGGCAGAAGUCUCCUCUCGAUCACGGCUUCGCGGGUUGGAGAAGAAGCAGAUUGAUUUGGACCUGGUCUCAGCUGCGGAACUGCCGAUGUCGAAUGUUAUUAUCAGUGGAGCCUGAUCCUGUAAAUAUUAGAAGCGCAAACAAAGAGUAAUUCUGGAAAAACUCAGGGAAAAUGUCUUCUCGUUCUGCGUUACCGUCUGGGAUCGACAGGGGCACGGACCAUCAUGUGUCCCUGGCUGCCAGCCGCUCAGACAAGGGAACCAGCCUGUCCAGCCGCUCGCUGGGUGCCCGCUGCAGGAACUCCAUGGCCUCCUGCUCUGACGAGACUCCGCACAUCGGCAACUACCGCCUGCUCAAGACCAUCGGCAAGGGCAACUUUGCCAAGGUCAAGCUGGCGCGCCACAUCCUGACGGGCAAGGAGGUUGCAAUAAAAAUCAUUGACAAAACUCAGUUGAAUCCAACCAGCCUACAAAAGCUUUUUCGAGAGGUUCGGAUAAUGAAAGGUUUAAAUCACCCAAACAUAGUGCAGCUGUUCGAGGUGAUUGAGACUGAUAAGACCCUUUACCUAAUCAUGGAGUAUGCCAGUGGAGGUGAAGUGUUUGACUACCUCGUAUCUCAUGGUAGAAUGAAGGAGAUUGAAGCCAGAGCCAAAUUUCGACAGAUUGUGUCUGCUGUCCACUACUGCCACAUGAAGAACAUUGUCCACCGAGACCUGAAGGCCGAGAACCUCCUGCUGGAUUCUAACGCCAACAUCAAGAUCGCCGACUUCGGCUUCAGUAAUGAGUUCACGCUGGGCAACAAGCUGGACACGUUCUGUGGCUCCCCGCCCUACGCUGCCCCGGAACUGUUCCAGGGGAAGAAGUACGACGGGCCUGAGGUGGACGUCUGGAGCCUGGGAGUCAUACUGUACACGCUGGUGUCAGGGUCGCUGCCCUUCGAUGGGCAGAACCUCAAGGAGCUGCGUGAGCGCGUCCUGAGAGGGAAGUAUCGUGUGCCCUUCUACAUGUCCACCGACUGCGAGGGGAUCCUACGCCGGUUCCUGGUGCUCAAUCCCACCAAGCGCUGCACCUUAGAUCAAGUCAUGAAGGACAAGUGGAUAAACGCAGGGUAUGAUGAGGAUUCCUUGAAGCCCCAUAUAGAGCCUGUUGAGGACUACAGUGACGCCGCUCGCAUAGAGGUGAUGGUGGGGAUGGGCUUUACUCCCGAGGAGAUCAAGGACGCUCUGCUCAACCAGAAGUACAAUGAGGUCACCGCUACCUACCUAUUGCUGGGCCUCAAGAAUGAGGAUGGUGGCGAGUCUCGUUCGGCCAGUACCCUGUCCCUGGCACGGGUCCGGCCCAGCCCCAGCCCCAUCACCAACGGGACCAACAAGCAAUCCUUGGCCACUGCAGGCUCCUCUUCCUCCUCUUCAUCCUCCUCGCACAGCAAGACCCAGCGUAGCGCUUCCACCUAUCACAGGCAGCGGCGGCACAGUGACUUCUGCGGGCCCUCCAUGCCGGUCAUGCACCCCAAGCGGAGCCCCACCAGCACAGGUGACCGGGAGCUGCGGGAGGGGCGCAUGCCCCCGCGUAAGGCCAGCUGCAGCGUGAUGGGCAGUCGCUCGCUGCCACCCUCCAGUCCCAUGGUCAGCAGUGCCAAUAACCCCAACAAGUCAGAGAUCCCCGACCGCCGAAAGGAGAUGACUGCCACCACGGUGAGGAACAGUGAGAACAACAUCCCGGGAAGUGCCAUGACCCGGCGGAACACAUACGUCUGCACGGACCGCUCCAGCACCGACAGACACUCCCUGCUGCAGAAUGGCAAGGAGAACAGCUCCCUGUCCCACCGCCUGCCCCCCACAUCCCCCUCCACCCUGAGCAUCUCUGGGGCCGGGGCCUCCUCCUCCUCUAGCGAGCGCUGCCGUCUGACACGGGGCUCCACCAUUCGAAGCACCUUCCACGGGGGCCAGCUGAGAGACCGGGGCCCGCCCGUCUACUCGGCCCCACCCACCUCCCCCACUCUGUCCCACCAUGAUGCAAGUCCCCUGCCGCACGCCCGUAGCCGUGCCACCUCCAACCUCUUCACCAAGCUCACCUCCAAACUCACACGCAGGGUCACAAAUGAACCUGAGGGAAUCUGCCGAUCUGCGGUCACAAGGUCAGUAUAUGUCACAAGUCGCCAUUUACCUGGGCAUCAAAAAGCGUCCGAGCCCCGGGCCGUCGGACGUGGCUGGGAUCUGAGGGGACCUGGGGGGCGGCGGGACCCGGCGGAGGUGGUGCUGGCUCUGCGGGAGGCGGCACGGGGUUGCGGCUGCCAGGUCCACCAUGCCGGCCCCUUUCUGCUCUCCUGCACCCACGGGGCGGCCGGUGGUCAAGUGGCCUUUGAGGCCGAGGUGUGCCACCUCUCCACAGGGGGCAGUGCCGCCAACAAUGAGUCUUCCAACGGGGUGCGCUACACGCGACUCUGGGGGGCACCGCUUGCUUUCCGGGACAUCGCCACGCAAAUCUCGAAGGACCUCGAACUCUGAAUAUAAUGGGGGUUGAGAAGGAUGGAAAGAGAAAUAGAUAAAGGGACUUGGGGUUGGACCCGAGAUAAAUACAUUUCCUCCUGUCUCUUAUGUGGCUAAAGACCUACCCCCCUCCACACCAGUCUCAACCUAACCACCCAAACCCCCCCCUCCACACCAGUCUCAACCUAACCACCCAAACCCCCCCCUCCACACCAGACUCAACCUAACCACCCAAAC